AUGGAGCUGCACAAUGUGUCUGCCCACUUCAAUUUCUCCCUGCCGCCUGACUUUGGCAAACGUCCUACUGACCUGGCUCUGAGCAUCAUCCUAGUGCUUAUGCUGCUGAUAAUGAUGCUUUCACUAGGCUGCACCAUGGAAUUCAGCAAAAUCAAGGCUCACUUCUGGAAACCUAAGGGGGCAAUCAUCGCCCUGGUGGCCCAGUAUGGUAUCAUGCCCCUCACUGCUUUUGUGCUUGGCAAGGUCUUCAAGCUGAACAACAUUGAGGCGCUGGCUAUCUUGAUCUGUGGCUGCUCACCAGGAGGAAGCCUGUCCAAUAUCUUCACCCUGGCUGUGAAAGGAGACAUGAACCUCAGGAACCUGGAGCAUGAGAAAACAAAAGUAAUCUAUAAGGUUGCCACAACUGAAGAAGCAAUUCCAGAAGUUCUGGGUAAUGGCAGUCUCAAAGGGGAGUCUUCUCCCAGCACAGCUUAG